UUUUCAGAAAAUGGAUACAAUAUUGUCGACAACGACGGAGGUCAUAGGUACCUUUGAUCAGCGCUCCGUACUAUGGGCCCUGAUCGUGGGCAUAAUAAUAGCCUUUGUGCUCGGAGCGGCCAUGGGUGGCAACGAUGUGGCCAACGCGUUCGGUACCUCCGUCGGUAGUGGAGUGCUCACAAUCAUCAAGGCCUACAUCUUUGCAUCAAUCUUCGAGACGUUAGGGGCUGUUCUAGUCGGUUGGUCCGUAACGGAUACGAUGCGCAAAGGUGUCGUCGACACGAAUCAGUACAUGAGCGCCCCAAAGGAAUUACUGCUCGGUCAAGUUGCCAUAUUGGGAGGCUGCGCAGCAUGGCUUUUGAUAGCCACCCUGUUCAGAAUGCCUGUCUCAACAACGCAUUCGAUUGUUGGUGCUACCCUAGGUUUCUCUCUUGUUUUACGGGGCUUUCAAGGAAUUCGGUGGAAUGCCAUCUUGAACAUAGUUCUAUCUUGGUUCCUAUCUCCAUCAUUGUCCGGUACCAUAUCCGUCAUUCUCUAUAUGAUUGUCGAUUUUGUAGUGUUGAGAAGAGACAAUCCAUUUGAGUGCGGUCUCAAUGUGCUACCGGUAUUUUAUUUUGUUUGCGUUGCUUUUAACGUUUUGAUGGUAACAUGGGACGGUUCGAGAUUGUUGCACUUCAACAAAAUCCCAGUCUGGGGAGCUGUGCUCAUAUCUCUCGGUUGUGGUUUCAUAGCAGCCAUGUUUGUGCAAUUUUUCCUCAAACCGAGAAUCCACCGAAAAAUCCAAGAUGAGAUGGAAUCAAAACCGAAAAUCGCAUGCGUUGUUGUGAAUCCAGACCUGGUUACCGAUCGUUACAUUGUCGGGAAGGAAGUGAAGGAUCUCGAAAAGCAAAGCUGCACUUCCAGGGUACGAUCCUUCUUCGAGUGGCUCCUGCCAGCUGAACGAGUCGAAGACGCACAAACUAUCAAGCUAUUUUCUACGAUCCAGGUCUUCACCGCAUGCUUUGCUGGUUUCGCACAUGGCGCAAAUGAUGUUGGCAAUGCAAUUGCACCUUUGACUGCCCUCGUUGCUAUCUACAAGGACGAAAAUGCCCGACAAGAAGGAGAAGUUCCGAUUUACAUCCUCCUCUACGGAGUUUUUGCCAUUUGCGUUGGCCUGUGGACUAUGGGCCAUCGUGUAAUUCGAACGGUCGGAACGAACAUGUCCGAAAUCAACCCUGCAACCGGAUUCACAAUCGAAUUCGGUGCUGCUAUGACAGCGUUGAUAUGCAGUAAAUUAGGCCUCCCAAUUAGCACUACCCAUUGCUUGGUAGGAUCAGUGGUAGCUGUUGGUGUCGUGAAAUCGCGAAAAAACAUCGAUUGGUCGAUCUUUAGGAAUAUCGUAGUCUCAUGGGUCGUUACCCUACCUGUUUCCUGUGCAAUAUCGGCUGGCAUAAUGCUUCUGCUUAAGCUUCUGGCUCUCUAGUCACUUUGAUACUCUUCUGACCUCUUCUCGUCAUAAUGACCGCAUUUUGAAAAAACGGUUCGGAUCACUCACUUCUGCAAGGAUAAUCUCGUUCCUUUGCCUUAAUAAGUCGUUGCAAAGACGAAUUGUACAUAUCCUAAUAAAUAUUCUCUCUUA